AUGGCCAACUUAAAAAGAGCCCUCGUUGGCUUACUAGCCACGUCAUCUAGCUACUUUAUAUACGGCGUAGAAGCUUACUGGCGUAUGUCCUGCAGCCUCAUCCAAACCAGCCGUCUUGAUCCCAUCGUCUCCCCUGGGGCCGUCUCGGCCCACGUGCAUAAGGUCUCAGGGGCAAGCAACUUCGGCCUCUCCAACACGUAUCAGGACCUCAUUGAUUCGCAGUGCACGUCGUGUGAAAUUCAAGAUGACAAGUCCAUCUACUGGACGCCCCAGCUGUACUAUGAGCACGCCAAUGGAAGUUUCGAGGAGGUUCCAAAUGGCGGGACUGUCGUCUAUUAUCUCGGGCGCGGUGAGAAUCGGUCCAACAUCGAGCCCUUCCCCCCUGGCUUUAAGAUGGUAUCAGGCGACCCCUAUCUCCGGGCGGACUCCACCACUGCCGUGACCUCUUCCAACAACAACAAUUUCCAAACCCGUCCCAUCUCUGAUCGUGUAUCGUUCAAUUGCCUCGAUAGCUCAGGAAGCGCUCCGGAGAAGAACUACAUGUUCAGUACAGAUUGCGACAACGGCCUGCGAGCCCAGAUACAGUUUCCUUCCUGCUGGAAUGGACAGGACUACCAACGCGAUCAGUCACACGUGGCUUACAUGUCCGGAAUCGACAACGGUAUAUGCCCGCCCUCGCACCCGCGCCAGCUGGUACACCUGUUUUUCGAAGUUCUCUACGGCGUGAACGACAUAAAGAAAGAGGCUGGCGGGCGAUUCGUGUUUGCCAACGGCGACCCCACCGGCUUCGGCUUCCACGGCGACUUCAUGAACGGGUGGGAAAUGGACGUUUUGAAAGCCGCCAUAAGCACUUGCGCCAAUGACGACUCCUCCAAUGGCCAAAUCUCCAAGUGUCCGCCGCUAGCCAAGUCGCAAAACCCUUACUAUGCCACCAACUGCCCUGAGCGUCCGGCCAUCGUCAACGAGAAGGUGAGGGGAAUGAUAGACUGCUUGCCUGGCUGCAAUGUCGUAACUACUGGUCCCGAGCGAGCGGUGCAGCUUAUAUGCCCUGACGAUUCACCAUCUGUCAGUGAGAACAAAGAUGAAGGGCCCUUUACCAUGUUCAGCCCUACCGUAGGGCAGGUACUUAGCGGAACCACAUUCGCGUACGCCGGCUGUGCGACUGACAAUGGGAACCCGAGAACGCUGGGCGGAUAUUCAUUCAAAGCUCAUAACAUGACCAUCGAAUCCUGUACCUCGGCCUGCAAAGCACAGGGUUAUAUUCUUGCCGGUCUCGAAUACUCUACCGAGUGUUACUGUGGAAUUUCCAUCAACAGCGGCGCUUUGUCAGAUUGCUCGACUACGUCUAAGAUGGUGUGUGCAGGCAAUGCGACAGAGUGGUGCGGUGCGCCAAACCUCCUUACUAUUUGGAGCGAUACUUCAUACUCGGCAUCCGCCACGACCCUAAGCAUUGACUCCACAACCAUAAACAACGGGAGUGCGACAUACUUAGGCUGUUUCAGCGACCCGGGCGGGAACAGUAGGGCGUUGCAGGGAGAUUCCAAGGUCAACACCACGGCCAUGACGAACGAGAUGUGUGUGUCGUAUUGCAGGGAAAAGGGCUACCCACUCGCAGGAACCGAGUACUCGCAGGAAUGUUACUGCAGCAAUGUUAAUACCGGAACAUUGAUCUCGGAUGAUAGUCAGUGCAGUAUGAAGUGCAAGGGGGAUUCACCACGAGCCUGUGGCGGAAGCUUGAGGUUGAGUGUUUGGAACAUCACCCAGAAUAGGGGAGUCCAAUCCCAGUCCACACAAACACAGACGCAGACCAUAUCUACUCGAUCCACCCAGUCACAAUCGCAAGCAACCUCUACGCAACUGAGCCAAGCAAGUGCCAGUGCCAGUGCCAGCGCCAGUGUCCUCAAAGCCGCAAACGGAACAGCCAACUACGUCGGCUGCUACACCGACAAAGGCUCCGACGGCCGCACAUUAACUGGCGACUUCCAGUACGGCGACUCCACGACCGUCGAGUCCUGCGCAAAGUACUGCCAGGCCAAGAACUACGCCUUGUUCGGCAUGGAAUACGGGCAGGAGUGCUACUGCGGGAACGCGCCCAAAGCCUCAUCCGCCCUCUCGGCCGAGGCAGACUGCGGCAUGCCCUGCAAGGGCAACCCGACCCAGCUCUGUGGCGGGAGCUCGAGGAUAUCUAUCUGGAAUAACACGUUGUACGUCCCUACUCACAACAUGGUCACUAGCACAGAUGGGGGAUACGCGUACUUUGGCUGCUAUACGGAAGGGACAAAUGGAAGAGCGCUGGGCAGCGGUACAAAACCGAGUGCUUCGUUCACUGAUGCUGGGAUGACUGUGGAAAAGUGCGCAAGUUAUUGCUUAGGAAAAGGUUACAGCUAUAUGGGAGUCGAGUACGGGCAAGAGUGCUACUGCAACAGCGAGGGCCCACGCAACGGAGCGGCGAAGGCCAACGAGGCGGAUUGUGGCAUGGCUUGCAAAGGGGACAUAACGGAGUGGUGCGGUGGGAGUUCUCGAAUAAGUGUUUAUAAAUCUCCCUGACCUAGAAAAC